AUGGCAUCCUCCAUCUCGCCAGCUACUGAUCUCUCAUCAAACGAUGAACCAGUCGUCGACAUUCCAUUUUGGGGUAAAGCUGUCACGGUUGCCACCUACAGGUCAGGCCCUGAGCGGACGCGGAUGGUGGACUUCUACAUUUCAAUGAGCGACAAAAAAUUGCGUACGCGGAUUUGGGACAAAGAUCUGACCAGUAUCUUGUCAAAACACCUCUUUGAGCCGCCAUUAGAGGGUGGAGUCUCGUUGGAGGAACCCUCAGAGCCGUUGAACAGUUUGGAACUGGCAUGUAUGGUGUCGCUUCUGCAAAAUCAGCCCCCAACGGGCGUCAAAUAUCCGGGCCUGAAAGAGCUGGUCGACAGACUUGCCGAUAUGGAAUUGAAGCGACUGCACGAUCUCAAGGACCCACCUCACGAAAUGAUAUCGACGAGAUAUUUCCUGAAUGUACUUCAGGGAUUUGGACGCGGGGAGCUCUCAGGGAUUGGCAGGCGGGUGUUCCAAGACAAUAGCCAAAAUGUUAGCAAAUGGGUUGACACGGUGCCGGGUAAGACUACCCGCGUCAAAACGCGGGCUGCGAACUCAGCGUUGGGGGUGGUUCUGGAUGUGGAUUACUGCUAUUGGUACAAGAACGAAGUUCACCACGAUUCGGAGGCGAGUGUUACUUUUCAUGGGCAGAAUGAUCAUGUCUGUUUUCAAAAUCCAAAGAAUGGUAGAGAAUGCGGUGCUGUAUCCAAGUUGAAGGCUACUUGGAAAGACGAGUGGAUGCCGGACAGCGGAAAGCAGGACAGCGGAAAGCAGGAAUGA